CCUUAUAUUUGUCAUCAAACAACAAAUUCAUUUUCUCAUUUCAUUACCCUAAAAAAGAAAAAAAAUUCUUGUUUACAACACUCAAAAGCCCUUUUCCCCCUACACAUGCAUUCAUCUUCUUCUUGUUAAUCAACCAAACAAAAGAUUGAAUAUUUUCAUACAUUGAACCUAGACAUGAUUUGAGAUUGUUACUUUAUUAGGAUUCUUGAUCUCAAAGGUCAAUUUCAUUUUUAUUUUAUUUUUUUUCAAAAGUGUACUUUUUUUUUUUCUGUUUUCUUGGAAUUAUUAUUUGAUGCCCAGAAGAAGUACCAGGACCAUCAAAAGUGUGAAUAAAAUGGCUAAGGUGAAUAAGUCCUUUCUAAUCUAAGAUGGGCCUAUCUUCAAUAGACGCAAAAGAAAUGGACUACCGAAGUUUAUCAUCCUCGGAGCACCAACAACCACCAUAUAUGCACAAGGUUGGACUCCCACCGAAACAGAACUUAUUUGAUGAGUUUAAGACUACUGUAAAGGAAACAUUGUUUUCAGAUGAUCCUCUACGUCCCUUUAAGGAUCAGCCAAGGUCUCGGAAGUUUAUCCUUGGUUUGCAGGCUGUAUUUCCCAUACUAGAAUGGGGUAAAAGCUAUAACGUUUCCAAAUUCAGAGGUGAUGUUAUUGCUGGUCUGACUAUUGCAAGUCUCUGCAUUCCUCAGGACAUUGGAUAUGCAAAACUCGCAAACUUAGCUCCUCAGUAUGGGUUAUACUCCAGCUUUGUUCCACCUUUGGUUUAUUCCUUCAUGGGUAGCUCGAGAGAUAUAGCAAUAGGACCUGUUGCUGUUGUAUCGCUAUUGCUAGGGUCUCUCCUCAGCAGUGAAAUCGAUCCAACGACAAAUCCAAUUGAAUACCGGAGGCUUGCAUUUACAGCUACCUUUUUUGCUGGCAUUACCCAAGCUACUCUUGGAAUCCUAAGAUUGGGAUUUUUAAUAGACUUCCUAUCACAUGCUGCUAUUGUUGGUUUCAUGGGCGGUGCAGCCAUUACAAUUGCCCUCCAGCAACUUAAAGGUUUUCUGGGCAUCAAGAAGUUUACCAAGGAAACUGAUAUCAUUUCGGUGAUGAAAUCUGUAUGCCGUUCAGCCCAGCAUGGAUGGAACUGGCCAACGAUUCUCAUUGGAGCAAUCUUUUUAACUUUACUUUUGUUCGUGAAGUACGCUGGAAAGAAGCACAAAAAGCUCUUUUGGAUACCUGCAAUUGCUCCUCUGAUCUCUGUCAUUCUUUCCACCUUCUUGGUCUACAUAACCCAUGCUGAAAAACAAGGAGUCGAGAUUGUGAGACACAUUGAGAAAGGAAUCAAUCCUCCUUCGGUCAAGGAGAUCUAUUUCACCGGUGAUUAUCUCCUAAAAGGGCUUAGGAUUGGUAUUGUAGCUGGAAUGAUUGCAUUGACGGAAGCUGUUGCAAUUGGAAGAUCAUUUGCUGCAAAGAAGGACUAUCAGUUGGAUGGAAACAAAGAAAUGGUGGCGCUUGGGACAAUGAAUGUCGUCGGCUCCAUGACAUCAUGCUAUGUGACAACAGGUUCCUUCUCUCGUUCAGCAGUAAAUUACAUGGCUGGCUGCCAAACUGCAGUUUCCAACAUUGUCAUGUCUAUUGUUGUGGUCCUGACAUUGUUGUUCAUAACCCCUCUUUUUGAGUACACUCCGAAUGCAAUACUCUCUGCCAUCAUUAUCUCUGCUGUCAUUGGAUUGGUAGACUAUGAAGCAACGAUUUUGAUUUGGAAGAUCGACAAAUUUGAUUUUGUUGCUUGCAUGGGAGCAUUUUUUGGUGUGGUUUUUGCCUCUGUUGAGAUUGGUCUUAUAAUUGCUGUCUCAAUAUCAUUUGCUAAGAUUCUCCUCCAAGUCACAAGGCCACGAACAGCUCUUCUUGGCAAGAUCCCUAGGACAAAUGUAUAUCGGAACAUUCAACAAUAUCCCGAGGCAACACAAGUUCCCGGUGUACUAAUAGUGAGAGUUGAUUCUGCUAUCUACUUUUCAAAUUCUAACUACAUGAGAGAGAGGAUAUUGAGAUGGCUAACUGACGAAGACGAGCAACUAGAAUCAGUUAACCAACCUAAAAUUCAGUUCUUGAUAGUUGACAUGUCGCCUGUGACUGACAUUGACACUAGUGGUAUCCAUGCCUUUGAAGAGUUGCACAGAAGCCUACAUAAGAGAGAAGUUCAGUUAGUUCUGUCGAAUCCUGGAAGAGUAGUGAUUGACAAGCUGCAUGCAUCUGAUUUUGUGAAUCAAAUUGGCGAGGACAAGAUCUUUCUCACUGUAGGAGAUGCUGUCCUGACCUGUUCCGCAAAGUCCCCUGCAGAAGUAGUCUGAAGUUGUAACUUGUAAAUGCAGCUAUGCUUGGAUGUCCGCGCAGUAUAUAGCCGAGGGAAGUAUAAAAAUCAACUUGCAUGUACUUGUUAAAUGUAGAGUGAAUAAGCCAAUUGUGGUUGUAAUGCUGAUGUUUGUUUGUUGGUUGAAUAAACCAAAGAUUUGUUAGCUAUCUUUUGGAUUGUAUAGUUCAAAACUUUCUUCUCAUUGAAGGUUUUGCUGAAAUUAAGCAAUGUUGAACUUUCAAGGAAUUUAUGUGAUUCAAGUAUGCCAUUCACCAAAAAAAAAAAAAGUUAUAAAGAGGUACAUGUGUGUAUCAAUGAAUCAAUUAUCUUGUAUGAAUCCUUUGUAAAAUUGAGAGGUGCAUUAGCCUAUGAAAAUAUAUUUUGUCAACUCACCCGA